UAUAACAACAAACAAGGCCUUAAAAUUUAUUUAAACUUUUAUCUUUGGCACUGGUACAGCGCGUUCGACUCCAAAAUCCCCCCCAAGUGCGAUAAACCCACACCAACAGACUGUACUCGCUCGCCAGCUACACAACUUUAGUGAUUUGAAGCCUUCAUAUAGAGUACAUCGUAGAUCAAGUGAUUCUGUGACCUGUUGGAGGCUUAAGAACGCGCCCAGUGGCCUGUUGUGAUUAGUAAUAACAACUAAGCAAUUUUGACUAAAUCAAGGCAGACGUCACCCUCUCACUCUCUGCCAUGCGAGUCGAUUGAUUGCUCUCCCCGAAGAUGCGCGGAAUUGAGGGCAAAGUUGUGGUGCUUGGAUCGCGAGGCGUGGGCAAGACGCGUUUGGUCAUCCGAUACAUCAAGAACACACAGCACCGCAGCGAGAGCGAGGUGCCGACCAUAGCCGUCUCCUUCUUCACGUGCAACAUCAUCUUGGACGAGGUCAAAAUCAAAUUGCAAAUCUGGGACACCGCUGGCCAGGAGCGCUACCGGGCCGUGGCACCCAUGUACUAUCGGAAUGCAAAUGCCGCCAUUCUGGUUUUUGAUCUGACGCAGUAUAAGACGUUUACGGAAAUCAAGUCGUGGAUACAGGAGCUGCAUCGCAAUGUCCAGGAUCCGAUGAUACUGACGCUGGUGGGCAAUAAGAUGGACAUGCAGGCGCAGCGUGCCGUCUCCCGCGACGAGGCCUUCCUGUUUGCCACCUCCAUUGGGGCCACCUACUUUGAGACUUCCACCGAAACGGAUCAGGGCCUGGAGCAGGUCUUCCUCUCGACGGCCUUGGGUAUGGUGCGUCUCGCCGACGAGGGCAAGAGCCAUUCGCUGCGCUCAUUCGAGUCCACCGAUUCACUGGCCUACACCAACACCAACACUGCCUUUAGUCACACUGUGGCCGCCUUGGCUCGGAGUCCGGGCAAUGCUGCUUUUCGACUGCCGUACGUGGACAUCGGCGUGGCCGUCGAGGGCGAGGAUGUGAAAACGAAUGGAGUCGGCCGUCUGGAGACGCCACCCUGGAGCAUCGAGCACAUAGCCCUCGGCGAGGUGGAGAGGCCCAGCUGGUGCUGCUAUUAAGCGGCACCCGCGACUGUUAUCAAAGAACCAACAAUGUGAUGUUAACAAAAUCCGAAUUACUUUAGUUCGAAUAUGUUUACCAAUGGCUAUCGCUAUCCCAUCCCAAUAACAGCAAAGAAAUACCCGAAAAUGGCUUGAAGCUAUACCUACUGUUAAACACACUGAUUAGGCUAGAGGGAGAGAGAGCGGAGCUGCUUGAUCCAUUGACAAGGCGCCUGGAAUAUCCGCUUCAUCUUCAUCUUAAUCUUAAUGCUAGAUCCUAAGCGUAUUCAGCAAUCGCCGUAUGCAUAUUAUUUAUAACUAAACGAGUGAAUAAGAUCAUUUGACCUUGCAACCAAAAAUAUACAACCACCAACAACAAGCAAACACAAAGGGAACACACACAUAUACACACACCCACACAAACACACCAACUAAUUCAUGUACAAAGCAAUUUUUAUACAGCAUGCAUACAACAAAAAGAAACGAAUAAUAAGAAACAUACUAAACACCGAUGCGUAUACAAUAUAAAUAUAGAUGUGAAAAUGUA